AUGCAUCUGGUUCCAGCAAGGAACCGGCAGCUGCGCCAUCAACGUCAGGCCUCCGUGCCCCCCGCCCACCUUCUCCAGCCGCCGCCUUCCGCAGGCCGUUUCCACCAAGGAAAAGGAAUCGUAUCGUAUGUCCGUAUCCAGAACCUCCACUCUUUCGACCCCUUUGCUGAUGCGAGUAAGGGUGAUGAUCUGCUUCCUGCUGGCACUGAGGAUUAUAUCCAUAUAAGAAUUCAACAGAGAAACGGUAGGAAGACCCUUACUACUGUCCAAGGGAUCACUGAUGAUUACGAUAAAAAGAAACUAGUGAAGGCGUUUAAGAAGAAAUUUGCCUGCAAUGGUACUGUAAUUGAGCAUCCAGAAUAUGGAGAAGUAAUUCAGCUACAGGGUGACCAGCACAAGAACAUAUGCCAGUUCCUCGUGGAGAUUGGACUGGCUAAGGACGACCAGCUGAAGGUUCAUGGGUUUUAAGUGCUUUUGGCUCCCUGAAGUUUAAGUGAGGAUUUCCUUGCAAUGAGUAGAAUUUCCCUUCUGUCCCUUGUCACAAGUUUAAAAACCUCACAGCUUGUAUAAUGUAACCAUUUGGGGUCUGCUUUUAACUUGGACUAGUGUAACUCCUUCAUGCAAUAAACUGA